CCUUGCCAGUAUUUAUGCCAAUGUUUUUAAAUCGAAGGCCUUCUAUCCUUGUUGGAAUUUCGAAGGUUGCAAACGCUCAGUACGCUUUGUAAAUUCCCACCGUGCACAGACCCUCGAAGUUCAAGGACAAGAUUGUAUAUAUAUAUGCAUGGAGCCAGAAACAUAUUACUAUCAGAUUGGUGGCUUCCGAGCUCAUUCUGAUGGAUGGUUUCAGAUGUACGACGACAAACCAACGAUAGAUGCUAUUGCGAAUUACGAGGGUCCUGAACUCAGGCCUGGAGGCCCUGGCGCACCUAUCGAGUUGGUCUUAGGAAUUCUGCAUAAUGGUGCUUCAUACGUCCUCAUGACAUCUCAUCAAAUGUGGGCAUUCGUCCGGAAGCACCACUUGAGGCCUUCUCCUAAGAGACCGUGGAAAGUGGACGAAUUCGCUUCGCUAUCCCCGAUUUAUUUUGCUACAAAGGGUGACCUUCAGGACAAGCUCAAGACCUACAAGGUGAAAUCCCAAAAGAACAAAAAGGAUAAGUGGGACAACAGCCCUGCCAACCGAGGGUUUUUUCAACUUGGGGAUAGGGGCGCUCCGGGCAAUCCACGGGCAGACUUUGAGACCCAAAGCGCCACUCCGGGAGCCCUUGGGCUAAUCAAUCCGCCUUGGGCUGGCGCAAUCAGAGUGAUCUCGAUAGUCGUAAACACGUGGCACAAGGAUAGACGUAGCGAACGUUUUGACAAUCCCAGCAUCAUCGAUUACUUGGAAUCUAGACGAGUAACAGAAACCGUACACAUAAAGAUGAAAGGACUCGCACUGAAAAACGAGGAACAGAAUGCGCCUUUCGAGCAUGGGACCACCAGCCAAGAUGGCACGGUGGAUAUGCUUUACUCGGAUAUACGAAGGCUUUUCACACACGACUCCGCCAAUGUUCCGCUUGUAUUACUAGUUCACGAUGAGGAGAUGGUGCGCGGAGUGCUUGCACGUUCCGGAAUUGAUGUCGGGUCAUUUACCUCCGUUGCUGCGCUGUUCCAGCGUGGUCAACAUCAGAAACUACCGCGCCGAAGGUCCUCCAGAUCACCUUCCCCGCGACGCUUGAACGGUGGCGCGUCUCAUUUCUCACGUGACUAUGAACGACGCUGGAAAUACGAACCCGACAAUGAUAUCAAACCCUUUCCUGUGAAUCAAGAGGGCCAAUCAUCAUCAUCAUCCGUACGCAUCAAAGAAGAUGACAAGAAACUGGGACCGUCACAACAAGAUGGUGCCAUUCCCCUCCCAGCUGGAUGUAUCGUAAACGUGCAGAAAAUGGUCAGGACUUUAAUGCGGGUUGCUCAAACUGGCCCUAGCGUGCAGGCGACAGCGCAACGCAUGAAUAUACCAGCAAACCCACGUCUCCCGUGUGCAGGCAAUGAAUGCCACUUACUCUUGAACAUGUGGAUUUCAAUGAUAGAGGGACGUGCAAUCGACGAGCAAUGGAUGGACCGCUUAGCGCACCCAAUUCAGCCUCCUUCACCAACCAUAGAUCCAGUGGAGGUCGGUACAGACGAGGACGUCGACCCGAAUGACUAUAUACCCCCGUCGAUGAGAAAUACCGGCGGAACGACUGCCCAAGAGGAUAACUGGUCCGACGACGAUUGGUAGAAGUGAUAUUGGGCAUUCCCACUAAGUUUGUCUUUCUUCUUGCUUGCGUGGAUAGCUGAUUUUUGCUAUCACGAGCUAUCGAGCAUCCUAUAAUAUGAAAUGGACAACGGACCGCGAUGUAUAACACACUUGUCGUGACAAUACGUUGUAGAAGCGUCAUCAAUUGGGUGCUCAACUUCGUUAACGCUCUGAACUUCUUCAGUCCUUUUCAACUCUUCGAGAGCUGCAAAUUCAGCAGCGA